CUUUCGCACCGUCUCAGUUGUCGGUGAGGCCGGCGGGGCGGAUCCCACGCUAGAGUGAAAGAGAAAAUAAAGCAACACAACAAAAAUAACAACUUGGCCGUUUUUUUUUUACAUUCACUAGCAAGCUCCCCUGUGGAUAUAUACCAUCAAGAUGCCCUCAGCGAUGAACGCAAAUAGGACAGUGCAGUCUGCCAGCCCAGAUGUGGGAUCCGCUCCAGGGUCAAUGAUUAAUUUUGCACUUGGUGGACAGUCCGAAGUUAUGAAGCAAGUGCUGUGUGUCCUCGACAAGAAGGUCCGCAACAUGGAGAAGAAAAAGAGUAAACUGGAUGACUAUCAAGUCAGGAAGGAUAAAGGGGAGAGUCUCAAUCAGGACCAGCUGGAGGCCCUCUCCAAAUUCCAGGAAAUCACAAAUAACUUAGAAUUUGGCCGAGAGUUGCAGAAGACGUUCAUCACACUAGGACAAGAUAUCCAGAAGGUGGUUAAGAAGUCUGCACGGCGGGAGCAGCUGCAGCGGGAAGAGGCCGAGCAGAGGAGGCUGAAGACGGUUCUGGAGCUGCAGUUCCUCCUGGACCGGCUGGGAGAGGACACUGUGCGGCAGGACCUGAAGCAGGGAGUUGGUGGCUCAACGCCGCUGACGGAUGCAGACCUCGCAGCUUUUGACGAGUUCUACAAGCUAGUGGGGCCAGACCGUGAUCAAAACGUCAGGUUGGUUGACCAGUAUGAAGAAGCAUCUGUGCACCUCUGGGAGCUGCUGGAAGGGAAGGACAAGGCUGUGGUUGGAACAACGUACAAGGCACUGAGAGAAACUUUGGACCAGGUUCUGCUGAGUGGGUACUUUGACCGGGUUCCAUCUCACCAAAACGGUGUGUGUGAGGAGGAGGAGGAGGAAGAAGAAGAGGAAGAGGAGGAGGAGGAGGAGGAGGAAGAAGAAGAAGAAGAAGAAGAGGAGGAGGAGGAGGAAGAGCCAGCCUCAGCAGCAGCAGCAGCAGCUGAAUCGUCAGAAGCAGGAGAGCAGGCUGCUGAUCCAGAAACCGAAAUAAUUGAGGAAUUUACAGAGCCCAUUGCGAUGGAAACAACAGAGUUUAUAAACCGACAGUUCAUUCCAGACGGCACAUACAGCAGCAGUGAGAAGGAGCAAGGGGAUGAGUGGACCACAGAAACAGAGACAGUCAGUGCCAUGCAGCAGCAGCCUAUGCAGCCUUCGGCAUCACCUGUUUCCCUGGAGACCCACCCCUUAAACCUAGCGUCUCCUGUGCCGCCUGCUGACCCCCUGGUCAGGAAGCAGGUGGUGCAGGACUUAAUGGCACAGAUGCAGGGAACGUACAACUUCAUGCAGGACUCUAUGCUGGAGUUUGACGGACAGCCCAUUGAUCCUGCCAUUGUCUCAGCGCAGCCUAUGAAAUCUGCUCAGAACAUGGACCUACCACAGAUGGUGUGUCCCCCAGUUCACCCAGAGUCCCGGCUAUCGCAACCCAACACUGUUCCUGUCCAACCUGAGCCCACACAGGUUCCUAUCGUCUCUCCAACUCCGCCCCCUAUGUAUCAGACCUCACACACGCCAGAUCCUCGACCCUCAACAGAAACCAUCGACCCCAUUCAGACCUCCAUGUCCUUGUCGUCAGAGCAGCCUCCUCCCUCUACAGCUCUCCCACCUGUCCCUCAAACUCAAGUUUUCCAGCCCGUUUCCAAAGCUCCACACAGCAGUGGCAUCAAUGUCAACGCAGCACCAUUCCAGUCAAUGCAGACAGUGUUCAACCUCAAUGCCCCAGUCCCACCAGCUAAUGAGACAGAGGCUUUGAACCAGGCCAGCCAAUACCAGAACAGCUACAACCAAGCCUUCAGCAGCCAGCCGCAGCAUCCUGUGGAGCAGACAGAGAUGCAGUCCGAACAACUGCAAUCUGUAGUCGGUGCCUUCCAUUCCCAAGACCAGUCAGGAGGCCAUCCACAGCCUCCCCAGCAGGGCCCAGGCUUCGUCAGGCAGGGUCAGUCCUUCUACAACAGCAGAGGAAUGCCUCGUGGUGGACCUCGCAACGCCAGGGGCAUGAUCAAUGGCUACAGAGGCUCAUCGAAUGGAUUCAGAGGUGGCUAUGAUGGUUAUCGUCCUCCUUUUGCCAACAAUUCAAACUCCGGUUAUGGGCAGACUCAGUUCAACACACCUCGGGAUUACUCAAAUGGGAAUUAUCAGAGGGAUGGUUACCAACCAAACUACAAGCGUGGAGCUGGUCAGGGACCCAGAGGAGUGUCAAGAGGCAGCUCUCAGGCAAUACGAUCCUGAAAAGGCCUUUCAUAAUGACUGUGACUGACUAACUUGCACCACACUGAAAAUUCAAGAAUGCAUUUGCCCCAGCUCACUCAUGUCCUUUUUUCUUUUUUUUUGUUCUUCAUCAGUGGUAUUUUUCCUGUCUCUUAAAUCAAAGUAAUGCCUGCUUUGAUAUUUGGAAAUAUUAAAUCAUUUAAAGUCUGAAACACAAGCUGAGCUGUAAAUCCAAUCAUCGAUUUACACAAGCCAUGUGUUAAAAAUAUUCCUGUAAACUUGAAAGAUUUCAUAAGUUAUUUUUUUGUAUAAAAAAAAAAUGCCACUGCUGGUCCAACCCUUGGGAGUUUAUUCCCCUUCUCGAAUCUUUUCUGUCAUUUUGGUUCUUAAAAAGCGUUUUAUGUUCAAUGAGCUCCUGUUUCCUUGUUUGUAAAUUGAUGUUGCUUCAUGAGUUUCAAUAAAGUUGUGUUGCAAACCCAUG